AGUUUAACAGAAAAUGAAUCUGCAACUAUUCAGAUCAUAGCCAUUUUUAUUGCAAAAAACGUUCCAUGGAUCCUGCGUCACAAAUGUAAAUAUUUUCUGCUUUGCCUUUUAAUUGACAAUUCAAAAUGUAUUAAUUUUGAGAUUUGGACUGUUGGUUGGACAAAACAAGCAUUGUGAAGGUGUCAUUGUGACUGCAUUUCUCACUUAAUCAGCAAAUGAAUCAUAAUUAAAAUAAUACAAAAUAGUUCAAAAUAAGCUCCACCUCAACAGUAAAAUCACUUUACAUUAAUGCAUGACUAAUAAUCUAAUGUCACAGGGGACAUUUUACUGCAUUGAGUACUUUUAAUACUUUAAGUACAUUUCCCUGAUUAUGCUUUUAUGUAGCAUUUUCAGUGCAGGGCUUUUACCUGCAACGGAGUAUUUUCAGUGUAGUGUUAAUACUUUUACUAAAGUAAAAGGUCUGAAUACUUGCUCCACCUCUGUGCAAAUGUCUUCCUCAUGUCCUGCAGUCAGAGUAGAAAGUUACAUUAUAUAAAUAUGACUUGACAGUCUGUGACAUAAAGCUGACUAAAUGUUUUGUAUAUUAAAAAAAAAUCGAAAACCUUUAUUAGUUUUCAUAAAUACUAAUCAGUCGCGGUCGCUUAAGUCAACCAGCAGGGGGCGCUAGGUAGCUGCUGGCGCAGACAUGUUUAUUUUUGACUUUUACUUUCUAUUUGCACCACCAUGUAAGGUAACUAACGCUAGAUGCCACUUUUGACAAUCUUCGAGCUACAGAAUUGAACAGAAAAGUCAGCCAUGAGCUACAAUGAAGGACAUUGUGUCGUGAGUUUUCGAUCACUUCCGUUCUCUACCCCAAAAAUUUACUUUGACGACAAAAGGUGUAAAAAAAAAAAAAAAAAAAAAGCAGACUGUGCACGGUGUUUUUAUGAGCUUCCAUAUCCCCCAUGUUUCUCCUCAGAGGUCCAGGCAGCCAGUCCUGCCUCCUUUCUCCAACAGGACCCUGCACCACCCCUCUCUCCUUCCUCUCUACAUGGCUGCACACCCUCACGCGGACUGCAACAACCAAACAGUCCAUCCCAUCAUCCCAGCAGAGUUUUUCUACACCGACCCCACCAUGAGCUGUGGGAGGAGGAUCCCCAACAUAGUGAGCCAGUUGAGGGUCUUUGAUUGCUUCCAGCUCAACACUCCGCCACCAGUUAUGUCGGCCUGCCUGGCCCCACCAACACGCCCAGACCCAUUUAGAUCUGGACCACACCCCACCAGGGAUCUGGGCAGCCCCACCUUGACAAUAAAUACCCUCCACCCUCCGGUGCAGCCGAGUCAGGUCAUCCUCCAGCUUACCCAGGAGGAGGACCAGGCCAUUACUAACCUCCUGAAACUGCACCACCAAGAGCCUAUACAGAGGGUUGAGACCCUUACUGCUCCACAAAUGGACUUGAACCCCAUCCCGUUCCUUAGUCACCCUGAACCUAUGGAAGUAUACAAGCCCUUUUGUAGUGAUGUGCAGCAUCCGAGGGGGGCCAGUUUGCAAGAUCAGCUGCAGCAGGGAAGAUGUUGGUCAGAUAGGGAGCUUGAGGCAGCUAACACCCUCUCGAGUCACUUUAGUCUGAUGGAGAAGGAAAAAAUCCGGGGCCAAAACCACAAUAAAUCAGCAGCAACACUCCCUGAUCCUCUGCCAUACAGGCGUCAUGAGGAUUCAUCAAUAAACACUGAAACCCAACAAGGAUCUGAGACUUUGCCUGCAUUAAUAACUACUGAUCGUACCCAAAACGACAUUGGCUACAUCAGCUUUACUUGUGUCAGUGAACAUGGAGAGCCAGGCUGCGGGGAUUUAGGGUUUGUGGAGGGAAGGAGUGCUGAUGAUGUUCACCUGCCAAUUGGUGAGGAAUACUUGGCAUCGUCUUUACCCCCGAGGCUGCCUUCACGGUCCUCAGAGGCAGAGAGCAGAUCGAGUGUCUCUGGAGAUUUUUCAGAGGUGAAGGAACGGACGCUCUCAGACUGUGAGGGAGAUGCUGUGCAUGUGCUCCUGAGCCUCGGAGACAUGGGAGCGCUGGCUAUCGUGCAGUGAUUAUCUUAACCCAAGGGUCUUCUUGUCCCUGGGUGUGUUUUUAAAGGCUACCUCUUUCUCAUUAUGGCAACAACUAGUUGAAGGUUCUUUGCACUAGUUUCAACUUGAAUGACUACACAAAUAUACCCCAAAUCCCCUUAUUUUUCUAGGUUGUGAAUUUUAGUUCCCAUUUGAACACUCUACCAUUUGAGUUAUUGCACAUUUGCCUUGUAAUUUUACUGUAUCAAUAAAAAAGAUCAGCAGUUGAGCCCCUGUUACUGAGAAACAAACACCUAGCCUAAAAGACACAUUUUUAUUAAAAGCACUACCACAGUUUUGAAGUAAAGAAUCCCCCCACUCACUAUUUACAGCAUAUUGUACAUUUACCGCAUAUCCACAAAUGAUAUCUUGUCUUCGCAGGGGGAGCUACAGUAUUAUUCCAUAAUGCCUAGUAACACAAGCUAACAGGCUAGUGGACAGCACAAUGACUGAAACAUCAUAAUGGCAGUACAGAUCAGCCCACAUUUACAUGCAUUUUCAAAGCUCUUGUGCUUGAUAUAAUCCUGAUAUGAAGUGUUUGAUUGUAGUUGUGUGUUUUGAGUUUAUUCAAAGCCACUUCCUGAUUGGAUUUCUUUACAGGUUUGUCUUGUGAGAUAAAGUCACGUUUUUUUUUAAUUUGUUUGUUAUACAAGAGUCUUGUCAUAAAACGUGUCGUAACCUGUA